AUGUCAACGCAGUAUGAUCAGAUUGGAUCGAAGCACAAGUCGUUAGAGGAUAGUCCGGUUGGAGAGGUGGAUUUCGAGACAACGUCCAGAGCGUUGGGCGAUGUGAAAGGGCUUAGAGUCCUGGAUCUGGCGUGUGGAAUUGGAAGGUGGAGCCAGUGGCUUGUGAGGAACGGGGCGAAAGAGGUUGUGGGUAUUGACAUCUCGGAGGCAAUGAUCAAGGGCGCAAAGGAGAUGCAGGCUGCGCUGCCGGAGGGUUUGGCGAAGAAAUUGGACUUCUGUGUAAAGGAUUGUGGAUUGCCGCUUACGGUUGAAGAGGGCGGGUUUGACCUGGUGUUGGGUGCUUGGUAUUUGUCCUAUGCUGCGGACCAUGCGGGGCUUGUGACUAUGUUCAAUAACAUACUCACCAAUCUUAGACCUGGCGGCCGAUUCCUGGGCGUCGUACCCAACGCGUUCACUCCAAUGUUUUGCGACUACAUCGUGCACGAUCUGAAGAUGGAAGUGAACGAGCAAGUGGGAGAGGGAUUCUGGAGGUGCACGUUGUCAUACAAACCUGGAGGCCUUGCGUUCAAGACGAAUGUCAGGUUGCAUGAUCUCUAUGAGAGGGCCGCGAAGGAGGCGGGAAUAGGACAGAUCAGGUGGAGGCCAUACGUCCUUCCCAAAGGCGAUCAGCGAGAAGAGCAAGGCUUCUGGGACGAGUUCAAGCUUCGGCCGCAUCUGUGCCUGUUAGAGUGUUAUAAGCCGGCUUGA